AUGCGCAGGCUCAGUUCCUGGAGGAAGAUGGCGACGGCCGAGAAGCAGAAACACGACGGGCGGGUGAAGAUCGGCCACUACAUCCUGGGCGACACGCUGGGGGUCGGCACCUUCGGCAAAGUGAAGGUCGGCAAGCACGAGCUGACCGGGCACAAAGUCGCUGUGAAGAUCCUCAACCGGCAGAAGAUCCGCAGCCUGGACGUGGUGGGGAAGAUCCGCAGGGAGAUCCAGAACCUCAAGCUCUUCCGGCACCCGCACAUCAUUAAACUGUACCAGGUCAUCAGUACACCUUCUGACAUUUUCAUGGUGAUGGAAUAUGUCUCAGGAGGAGAGCUAUUUGAUUAUAUCUGUAAAAAUGGAAGGCUGGAUGAAAAAGAGAGUCGACGUCUUUUCCAACAAAUCCUCUCCGGCGUGGAUUACUGCCACAGGCACAUGGUGGUCCACAGGGACCUGAAGCCGGAAAAUGUCCUGCUCGACGCUCACAUGAACGCGAAGAUAGCUGACUUCGGUCUUUCAAACAUGAUGUCAGAUGGUGAAUUUUUAAGAACAAGUUGCGGCUCCCCCAACUAUGCUGCCCCAGAAGUAAUUUCAGGAAGACUGUACGCAGGCCCCGAGGUAGACAUAUGGAGCAGUGGGGUUAUCCUCUACGCUCUGCUGUGCGGAACCCUCCCAUUUGACGACGACCACGUGCCAACCCUUUUUAAGAAGAUCUGUGAUGGCAUCUUUUACACCCCCCAGUAUUUAAACCCUUCUGUGAUCAGCCUCCUGAAACAUAUGCUGCAGGUGGACCCCAUGAAGAGGGCCACGGUCAAAGACAUCAGGGAGCAUGAAUGGUUUAAGCAGGAUCUUCCCAAAUAUCUCUUUCCUGAGGAUCCGUCAUAUAGCUCAACCAUGAUUGACGAUGAAGCCUUAAAAGAAGUGUGUGAGAAAUUUGAGUGCUCCGAGGAGGAGGUCCUCAGCUGCCUCUAUAACAGAAACCACCAGGACCCUUUGGCGGUCGCCUACCACCUCAUCAUCGAUAACAGGAGGAUAAUGAAUGAGGCCAAGGAUUUUUACUUGGCGACGAGCCCACCUGAUUCUUUUCUCGAUGAUCACCAUUUGACUCGGCCUCAUCCUGAAAGAGUACCCUUCUUGGUCGCUGAGACACCAAGGGCACGCCAUACCCUUGAUGAGUUAAAUCCACAGAAAUCCAAACACCAAGGCGUAAGGAGAGCAAAAUGGCAUUUGGGAAUUAGGAGUCAGAGUCGACCAAAUGAUAUCAUGGCAGAAGUCUGUAGAGCAAUUAAACAACUGGAUUAUGAAUGGAAGGUUGUAAACCCAUACUAUCUGCGAGUCCGAAGGAAGAAUCCUGUGACGAGUACAUACUCCAAAAUGAGCCUGCAGUUAUACCAAGUGGAUAGUCGAACGUAUUUACUGGAUUUCCGAAGUAUUGAUGAUGAAAUUACUGAAGCCAAGUCAGGGACCGCUACACCACAGAGGUCGGGAUCAGUUAGCAACUAUCGCUCUUGCCAAAGGAAUGACUCGGACGCUGAGGCUCAAGGAAGAUCCUCAGAAGCUUCUCUUACCUCAUCUGUGACCUCACUUGACUCUUCUCCUGUUGACUUAACUCCAAGACCCGGAAGCCACACAAUAGAAUUUUUCGAGAUGUGCGCGAAUCUAAUUAAAAUUCUUGCACAGUAAACCUAAAACUUUGCUUAUUUCUUUGAUAGCAAUAAGCAUGCAUAAUAAAUCAUAGCCAAAUGCUUCCAUUUAUAAUCAAGUUACACAUCACUAUAACUGAGGAUCGGCCCUUUGGAAUGUAUUUCGCACAGGGACUGGAACGCGAUUCAUAGUUAAAACCCUAAUGUGCAAGAAUGAAUUAAGAUAAUUUUGUUCUUUGUUCAGCAGGCAUACCGCAUAAUAUAAUAUACACAAUGAAUUGUAGGUCUCUCAGGCUCACUUGAUUUUUGGCUAUUUUAUAUUUAGUUGUACACAGGGCUUUGUAGAAUAUUAAUUUACCAUAAAGGCCUUCAUCUAUUAUCCCAUGUUGUGUUAUAUAUUUGCUUCAUAAAUUCAAUAAAUAUUUGCCUAGAAUCCUCAGAGAACUUUAUAGGCGAGUUUUGUUUCCUAGGCUCGUUCACGUGAGUAGCAGGUACCUUCCGACGGCAGGGAGAGUGUGGGUGACUCCUCCAUGCCCCCCCUCGGUCUGCUGCAGUGUGGGGUGAGUCCCGUCAGAGCCAUGCAGGCCCGUGGAGGUUCUCUCUCUAGCUUUGUUCAGUCAAAAAAAAAAAAAACACACACGGAAUUAACAUAUCGAGGUGUUCUAGGCACUAAGUUUAAUCGUAACAAUUUGUCCUGUUAUAUUCUGUACAUAAAUGGCUCUUUGCGUCCCCAGAGCCAAGUUGCAUAUGCUGUAAAUAAUCAUGUGGUUUUUGCCAACCUCACAGAUUCCUCUGCACUUGUCCGUCAGUGUUGAAUGUGUGCAAACACUUCUUGUUACUCGAUUAUGUAUCUUUCAAAUUGAUUCAGUGCACAGAAAGAAACAUCUCUUACCAACUAUUUAAAUGUCCAGAUACGACUUUCCCCCCAGAUUUGAUUAUAAACAUUUUUACAUGUGUAUCCACCACAUGGAUUCGAUGCUUGUUAACAUGUUGCCACGUCUGCUUUAUAUCUAGUUGUGUAUAUAGAUCUGGUUAUACAUAUAUGUGUAUAUAGGAUACGCUCUUCUUCCCUGAACCAUUUGGAUGUUGCAGACAUACCCAUCGGCCCUCCACACGUCAAGCGUGUUCUAAAAAUAAUGAUGCUUGUCCUUAAAAAGCCAUCCUAUUAUAAACAUAAUCCCCUCAUGUCAGCUGAUCGUGCAUAUUUAGAUGCCUCACUUGUUCUCCAGAUUUCUUUUAUAGCUGGUUAUUCCAAACCAGGUCCAGUUCCAGUUUACACAUUGCAUUUGGUUGUGUCUCCUUAGUCGGGUACGACAUUUUGAUGAAAUACGGAACAAAUUGGACAGUUCUAAACGGUCAUCUUUGUUUUGAAUUUUAAUUCCUUUUUAAAAAGUGGUAUUAUGGGAACUGCCUAAAGACACUUUAUUUUUCUGAGAUUUCUCAUUUAUUUUGUUUUUGUUGCUCUUAGUAAUAGCAUUACAUAAUAGGUAUAAAUGAAGAUUUAAAGUCACCUCAGAUAAAAUUAGUAUCAUGUAUGCUAGUUAAAAAUAAAAAUAUUACCCAUAUUUGCCUUAUACUAUUUUAACUUCAAGAAAUUGGUAUUUUUCCUAUUAAUCAGUUUUCCAUUACAACAGCGUUAUCUUUUUUUCCCUUUCAAGACUACUUGUUAAUGUGGGGUUUUUGUGUUUGUUUGUUUUUUAUUUUUUUUGCAAAUACAUUGAGCGCCUGUGUAAUUAGACAAUAAUAUACUCAGAUGUCAUGAGAGCUCACAUAGUUACUUUUGUUGUAGGUUUGGCUCCAGCACCCCUGGAAACAUGCACUGAAUUCAAAAGAAAAAUCUUGGCUUCUUUUUGCCCAGGGCUGCUUCUGUUCAAUUUGGAAUCUGGAAGCUAUAUAAAAUGAUAGCAGUUCCAUUUAAACAUAAGUUCAAAACUGUGUUCUAACUUGAAUGUGGUCCCUUUGUUUUGAAGAUACUGAUUUUAAGUAGGUCUCUAAAUGCAACAUUUGUUCCUGAUGUUAAGAACAGACAACUGUAUUUUUGAAGUUACAAAUCUGUAUAUAGAACUAAGACAUUGUUGUAAUGUCUCUAUAAGCUGUUGUGGGUGGGUGGGGAGCAAAUGGAGGAACCAAUUCAAGAGGACCUUCCAAAAAUUGUUAAUUUUGUAAACUUUGCUUCUUUUUAAGUUAUUGUGAUUCCUUUUAGUUACUCAGUUGUAUUGUGAAGAUAUUUAAAUACUGCACUUGUACAAAUAGUAUGAUAAAUGCAUGGACUAUUGCAGUAAAUUCUUUUUUAAGCUGGGAUAUUUGAAAUGACAACUUUUGGUUGCGUGUGUAAAGGUUGCACCAGAAUUUUCACAAAUUUAUUGUAGUUUGCAAAUUCUUACUAAUUGAAGAUGUAAAGGAGUCAAUGCAAAUGAUUUUUAAUCUUUUUUUAUUAUCUUUUCAGCAAUUUAUAUUUUUUGUGAUUUUAUGCAACCAUAUUUUUACUUUGUUUUGACAACUGAAAGAUGUAUAAGGUUUUUGCCAGAAAUGUACUAUAUACAUAGUUUUAAAUAUAACAGAUUUUACUGAAAUGUAAAAAUUUUGCCAUUAAAGUAAAUGAUUUCUCUCUGAGAGGAAUUUUUCUACCAGGUUGGGGGACAUGGGAGCUUAAUAUAUCAUAUCUAAUUUAAAAUAAUGUCACUGAAAUAAACUCCAUUGCUUUUACUUUGA